GCAGUUCAGUGCCAGCGCUUGGUGGCUGCUGAUCAUCCACUGGACCUGCUGUGUGCCUUGUCGGCCCUGUCUCCCCAUCUACUACGGAGAGGACGUGAGUUAGGCUUUCAGAACACUGGCUUGUGGCACACAGCGAGUCACAACUACACCUUGGGUGGGGCUGUAGCGAGUGGAUGAGGCUGAGUGGUGGCUGCAGCAGGAGCAGCUGCAACUAAGGGUUGCGUGGCUGGUGGAAGGUGCUGAGACGGGCAGGAAGUGAGGUGAGGCGCUCACUGAGGACCCACAGAGACCUUCCUGGCUGCCCCAGACAGUGCUAAGGAGGAGCUGUGCUGUGGCCUUGGUAAGUUCCUGCUCUGUCCUCCAGUAGGGGCAGGUUCCCAAGCCCCUUGGCACUCCUGGGGCCUGCGAGGGCACUAGGACCUGGCUAUGUCACGGUUAGUUGUCUUGCCCCCACCUUCAUGCAAGGAACCUACUCUUCCAGUCUGUGUAGACUCACUCUGACCUCCAGAGACCAUCCCCCUCUCUAGCGCCUGCAAACUCUUGGUAGGCCCCAAUCUGCUAAGAACGGCCCUAGGAAGAGUGUAGAUCCUGUGGGGAGGCAGGAAGGAGUGGGGGCACGCAUGUCCUGCUUUCUGAUCCCUCCACCUCAGCUUCUCAGGGGGCCAGGCUCUGCAGUCAGUGGCUUAGGGCACCACUGUAAGUAAGGGGCUGCACCUGGGUAGAGGGCUAUAAAUGAGCUUUGUGAGCUGUGGCUCACAGGCCUGGGGGUGUGACUUCAGGGUCUUCCCCAGACCUUAGGUUUAGGCUGUAGUGACCAGAGCCUUAGUGAGGUCACAGCUGCCCUGGCCAUACUCCCCAUCUCCAUUGCUGCUGUCUCACUGUGCGGGGGUAUACAGAGCUUCAAGCAGUCAGACAGAGGCAGGAAGGUAGGCGCCCCUCUGCAAAAGCAGGGCUGCAAGGACUGGGGGUUUCCGGUGUGCUGAGUCAGAGCCAGGGGAGACGCCCCAGGGGGGCGGGCGUGAGCUGCACAAGUGGAGCAGCCUGAUCUCUCAACCACCACCCAUGCCCCUCUCUUCUGCCCCCAGAGCCCUGCUUCACAAGAUGGGGCCACCAGUGCCUGUGUCCCUGCCAGCCCUCUGGGUCCUAGGGUGUUUCUCCCUGCUCCUUUGGCUGUGGGCGUUGUGCACAGCCUGCCACAGGAAGCAGGUGCAGAGCCACCAGGCAAAACGACAGGACACUGUGAUGCUGGCAGAAGCGGCACUGCUGAGACAGACCCACCUCUGCUCCCUCAGCACAUCCGACACCAGGCUACACGAGCUGCACCACGGUACCCGUGUCAGCAAAGCCCUGAGGCCUGCCAGCAUGGAUCUCCUGCACUCACACUGGCUAGAGGUUUCCAGGAGCAGCAGCAGGCCACAGGCAGCCCCUUCUGUCUUCCCACCUCAGCAGCCUGGGGCUCCUUCUGCCUCUGCCAUCACACUGUCCACUGGUCCUGGGGCCACUUAUUCCAAUGUGGGGCUGCCUGCCAUCCCCAGAGCUAGCCUAGCUGCCAGCCCUGUGGUAUGGGCAGGGACACAGCUGACCCCAGGGCCUGGGGCCAGACCUGUAUUGGCUGAGUAUGCCUCCAUCCAGAAGCUCAGAGGGACAGAUCCAGGCCCCCAAGAACUGCAGCAAGGGAAGGCUAAGGUGAUGCCAGCUGCACAGGUGGACGUCCUGUACUCCAGGGUCUGCAAGCCUAAAAUCAAGGACUUGGGACCCACUGCAGACCACCCAGACUGCAUGGGUACAGAAGCGAUUCUGGCCCUGGAGAGAGACUUGGCCUAUGAGCCCCUCCCGCUUAGGCGCCUGGGCAUGGACAGCAGUCCCCUGGAAAAUGUGUACGAGAGCAUCCGGGAGGUGGGCGCCCGGGCAAGUCCAGAGCCCCCCAGUCUGCCUCUUAGCAUACGUGGACAUUCUAGACCACCAAGACCUCUAGGCAAGGUUUGGAGACCUCUGUCCUGAGCACUCAGCGCUUGGAUUCCUUCCUCCAACUUGAGCCUCCAGCCGCGAGCUGA